AUGGAUGGCCCUGAUCAGAUCGGCCCCGACCUUCGUCUGCGGCGGACAUUGGCUGAUCGCGCUCGAAGAAUCGUCAAGACUUUCACCACCAGAGAGGGCUUGAUUGGAGACUAUGACUAUGCCUAUCUGUUUACUCCACAGAUUCCCUUCGUCAGCAAAACCAGACGGACGGCGCCUUUUUUCGGCCUAGAAGAUCGCGUGCCCGUGUUGUUGGCUUUGAUCCUUGGUUUGCAGCAUGCGCUGGCAAUGUUGGCUGGAGUCAUCGCCCCUCCGAUUCUCUUGGGUGGCUCCGCCGCCGCCAACUUCUCCGGUGACGACUAUCAAUAUCUGGUCUCGACAUCUCUGAUCGUCUCCGGCCUCCUGUCCGCCGUUCAAAUGACCCGCUUCCACGUCUACAAAACGCGAUACUAUGUCGGCACCGGUCUGAUCUCGGUGGUGGGGACCUCGUUUGCCACCAUCACGGUCGCAACGGGCACCUUCAAUCAAAUGUACAAUUCAGGGUAUUGCCCCGUCGACGACCAGGGCAACCGAUUGGCCUGUCCCAAAGGCUACGGAGCCCUGCUGGGUACCUCGUGUCUGUGCUCUCUGCUGGAAAUCGGUCUGUCGUUCAUGAGUGCCCGGGUGCUCAAGAAGAUCUUCCCCCCGCUGGUGACGGGCCCGACGGUCCUGCUAAUCGGAGCCAGUCUCAUCGAGAGCGGCAUGAAGGAUUGGGCUGGCGGCUCUGGCAGCUGCGGCAGCGACCCGGCCGCCCGAGCCUUGUGUCCCAGCGCAGAUGCGCCGCACGCCCUUCCCUGGGGCAGCGCCGAGUUCAUCGGCCUCGGCUUCCUGGUCUUCUUGACCAUCAUCCUCUGCGAGCGCUUCGGCUCGCCCAUCAUGAAAUCAUGCGCUGUCGUCAUCGGUCUGCUGGUCGGAUGCAUCGUGGCGGCGGCAUGCGGCUACUUCGAUCGCUCCAGCAUCGACGCGGCCCCCGUCGUUUCCUUCAUCUGGGUGCGAACUUUCCCUCUCGUCAUAUACCCACCGCUCAUCCUGCCCCUCCUGGCCGUCUACAUCGUGAUCAUGAUGGAAUCGAUCGGCGACAUCACAGCCACCUGCGACGUCUCGCAGCUCGAAGUCGAAGGGGCCACCUUCGACUCCCGCAUCCAGGGCGGCGUGCUCGGCAACGGCUUCACCUGCCUCCUGGCCGGUCUCUGCACCAUCACGCCCAUGUCCGUAUUCGCGCAGAACAACGGCGUCAUCGCGCUGACCAAAUGCGCCAACCGCAAGGCCGGCUACGCCUGCUGCUUUUUCUUGGUGGUCAUGGGCAUCUUCGCCAAAUUCGCCGCCGCCCUCGUGGCCAUCCCCAGCUCCGUCCUCGGCGGCAUGACCACCUUCCUCUUCUCGUCCGUUGCCGUCUCCGGCAUCCGCAUCAUCUCCACCGUGCCAUUCACCCGCCGCAACCGAUUCAUUCUGACGGCCUCCUUCGCCGUGGGUAUGGCGGCUACCCUGGUGCCCGAGUGGUUCCAGUAUUUCUUCACGUAUAGCGGCGACAACCACGCCCUGCAGGGUUUGCUCGAUGCAGUGGUGCUUGUCAUGACGAACGGGUUCGCCGUGACUUCUGUGCUGGGGUUGAUUCUGAAUCUUUUGAUCCCGGAGGAUCCGGAAGAAGAGGCGGCGGUCAUGGAUUCCAGCGGCGAGGUCCAGGAUGAGUCGAAGGGGGUUCCCGAGUCGCAUACGAAAGCCGAUCAGUCGGAGGGUCGGAGUAUGUAA